CACAUCCAUUUGUCAUUAAAGAUGGCAUCUAUUUUAAUGGUUAUAUCAUUGAUAUAUUGAAUGCUAUGAAAAACUUUUCCGACUUUGACUACUAUCUAAAUGACGCCAACGAGUUGGCCGCACAACAGUCAAAGUCUGGAUCCAUUUCCUUCCUAUUGGACCAACUCUGGAGAAAUAAUGCUGAAUUUGGUGUUUCAUACAUAACGGUGACCGACGAGAGAAGACAGUUGAUUGACUUUACAGAUCCGUUGUUGAACUACAGUAUCAGUGCUUUAAUACAUAAGUCAAAUGUGGGAAACAUGCGAUCAUUUAACGAAUUGGCAGACCAGACAAGGAUUACAUACGGAGCGCUGAGAAAUGGAGAUACUAUGAAAAUGUUUGACGGAUCCGGCGAUAUGGUUGUGCGGCGUAUGCUUGCCUUAAUGAACAGCACUGGUGUCCCUGUGGACAGUCUACCCGAGGCUGUCUUCCGAGUACGUAGUGAGAGAUAUGCCUUCAUUGCCGACUCAAUAACCAUUCAACAGUUAGCCAGAGAUAACUGCGAUAUGACUGUCAUUGUCAACAAUUGGCCACAAUUUCGUCGUUCAGUGGCCAUUGCACUGCCAAAAGGGUCGCCCUAUUUGAGGACAUUCAACAGUCUCAUCAAACGUCUCAUCGAGACUAACAUAUUGUAUGUUAUAAGGGAAAGGUAUUGGAAAAUAAUCUGCAACUAUAAUAUCGGUAACACAGUUACCACAACUAAACUUAUAUCGUUAGGGAUGACAUUUACAUCAAUACUGUUGACUACUUAUUUGUUGAAUUAA